AUGGAGCCUUCGGAUUCUGAGAUCUAUGAUGAGGUUAAGAAGAUUUUGGAACCGUUGAAUUUGAGGAUUGAGGACUAUGCGAGUAUACGGGACAAGAUUUUGGAUGCAAUGGUGCGCGGACUUAAGUUGAAGACACGAGACACUUCUUCUAUUAAAAUGUUUCCUUCGUUUGUCACUAAAUUUCCAAGUGGAGAAGAAAAGGGACAAUUUCUUGCUUUGGAUCUCGGUGGCACUAAUUACCGUGUGCUUCUUGUAACUCUUGCUGGCGAUGGUCAGCAUCCUAAGAUUGAUGAACGCACAUACGCUAUUCCGCAAAAGAAUAUGGUUGGUACAAGCAAGGAGCUUUUCGGAUACAUCGCUUCAACUCUUCAGAACUUCCUCAAACGUUAUGGACUUGAGGACAAGAGUCUCCCACUAGGUUUUACAUUCUCGUUUCCCUGCGAACAACAUGCUCUUGAUAAAUCUGUCAUUGUUAGGUGGACAAAAGGGUUUAACGUAAAGGAUGCCAUUCAUUCAGAUGUAGCAAAACUACUCCAAACCGCCACGGAUGAUAUUGGACUUAAGGUAAAAUGUGUUGCCGUUGUAAACGAUACUGUCGGAACGUUGGCCUCAUGCGCUUUGGAAGAUGCUCGAUGCGCUAUCGGUUUGAUUGUUGGAACCGGUACAAACGCUGCCUACAUUGAGAAGAUUGAAGCUUCUGAGUUCAUGCAAAAAAUGGAAAUUGAGAAUCACAUUAAUCGGCCCAAGGAGGAAGAUAGUGUCAUCAUUAAUCUUGAGUGGGGAGCUUUUGGCGAAAAAGGUGAACUUCAGCCGUACCUCACCGAUUUUGACAUCGAGUUGGACCACAACAGCUUACAUCCCGGAAAACAAAUAUACGAGAAGAUGGUUUCAGGCAUGUAUUUAGGCGAGCUUGUCCGAAUCAUUCUGAUGCAUCUGGUUAAAAGAGGUCUUCUGUUCAGAGGCGAGAUGCCUGAUCAAUUGCUACAUCAGGGUGGUUUUCUCACCAAAAUGAUUACUGAAACUGAACGUGAUCCGCCUCACCUAUUCUACAGCACCCACUCAGUUUUAACUGAGGACUUGAAAUUGCCCAUCGUGGAUCCCCUUGACGAUCGUGUUGUUCGUUUGGCAUGUGAAAGUGUCUCGAAAAGAGCUGCGUACCUUGCUGGAGCAGGUAUUUCGGCUCUGAUGCAUAAAUUGAAUCGUCCUCAGAUUACUGUUGGCAUCGAUGGGUCAUUGUAUAAAUUCCACCCAAGAUUCAGGGAACGCAUGACGGAUAUCAUCGACAAGUUGAAGCCAGAUUUUGUGAAAUUCCGCUUAAGGCUCUCUGAGGACGGCAGUGGGAAGGGUGCUGCCGCGAUUGCAGCCGCGGCCACCAGACCUUCGAAACAAGUAGUAGAGUUCGCACGUCUAUGA